AUGUCUAUGCUACCCCCCAAGACCUACAGGAAUUUCACUGACGACGAAAAAAUCAUCAUAGAAUUGUGGGCUGGUUACUUGAAUAUGGGCUUCCGGGAAUGGCGUGAUCAGCAAGAUGAAGAAAAUGAUAUUGUAAAGGAGAUUUUUCGGCUAGUAGGCAAGGGUCUGAAUACCAGUGCCAGAAUCAGUUCCGCUUACAAGAGUAUUCCAAAAGGCUCAUCCAAUCCCGAUUUUGAUCGUAUCUUUAUCGUCAACAAGGCUCGCCGGUUUUUCAGAACACAUUUAAGAGACUGGAGGAACCUUAGCACAGACUUUGUCGCAGCCAAUGAAAAGAUACUUAUCGAUAAGAUUGCAGCUGAAUGUGGUACUAGACUUGAGAUUUCCAUAAUUGGACAACACUAUCUUCAGUACAAAAUAAGCGGUUAUGAAGACUUUAUUGUAAUGGAAUGGGCUGAGCAUUGGAAGACUGAUUACGACACUAACCGGGAGCGCGAAGAUGGAAGAAAGCAUGUCGUGUCAAAGCUCAGAUACUUCUUCGGAAAUGCUACAAGCGAGCGAGCCAUUCGAAGUCGUUACAUGAGAGAACGCCCACAUGAUGAAGGAUGGUACCCUGCCCAGCCAAGGAAAACUCUGGAGGAACUUCGACAAGCGCCAAGCAGCGGGCCAAGAUACCCAAGAUAA